AGGGGCGCACACGACGUGGAAGCAACAGGAGACGAAGAUCGUCCCCCAGGACAGCUACCUCCUUCUUGCCCAUCACUGUCCCACUCACCACUCAUCCCUAUCAGUAUGAGCUCGGCAACGCCGUCGGACUCGCACACUCGCAAAAGGGUGCAGCAGUCCGUUACCACCACAAAUGGCACGCCACUCAAUGGCAACGCAGCAGCACCCGCCAUAGAAAAGGCAGAAGCAGAGGAGGCGAACGAGAAGCGCUCCAGCGAGGGUAAACCUACACAAGGCAGCGGACAGCUGUCCAAACGGGACAGGAAUGCCAUCAUACUCCUAGUUAUACUCUACAUGCUGCAAGGGGUCCCCGUGGGACUCGCCUUUGGCACGAUGCCAUACCUUCUUAAGACAAAGCUCUCAUACGCAGACAUCGGCACCUUCAUGCUGGCUACAUAUCCAUACUCGCUAAAGCUCGCCUGGAGUCCCAUUGUAGAUUCCUGCUGGGUCACACACAUCACUCUGCCUGGCAUUGGCAGGGUAGGACUCGGGCGGAGAAAGAGCUGGAUCGUGCCCAUCCAAUUCAUCGUAGGCAUCAUGCUGUGGCUCCUCGGCAGCAGAGUCGAUCAGCUGCUCCUCAACGACAAGCCUCCAGUCUUGAUCAUCACGUCCCUGUUCUUCACGCUGGUAGCAUUUGCUGCUACGCAAGACAUUGCUGUAGAUGGCUGGGCUCUGACCUUGCUCUCGCAAGACAAUCUCUCCUACGCUUCUACAGCUCAGACCGUCGGGCUCAACAUUGGAUACUUCAUGAGCUUCACCGUCUUCCUCGCACUCAAUAGCGUAGAGUUCGGCAACAAGUACCUCCGGUCUGCUAGCGCUUCGCAAAGCUAUCCUGUCCUGAGCUUGUCGGCGUACCUCAAGAUUGCUUCCGUCGCCUUCGUUGUGGUGACGAUGUGGCUCGCAUUCUUCAAAGAUGAGAGUCAAGAGGAGAAAGAGGACAAGGACAAGGCGGACAAAGAACCAUCGCUCGAGGACAAGCUUGGUCUAAAAGGCGCAUAUGAGGUCAUGUGGAAAAUUUGCAAAUUAAAGCAUGUCCAGAUGUUUCUGCUGAUACAUCUUGUCGCUAAGAUUGGCUUUCAAGCCAACGAUGCGGUGACCAGCCUCAAGCUGAUUGAAAAGGGCUUCAGCAAAGAAGAUCUGGCACUGGCUGUUCUGAUUGACUUCCCCUUCCAGCUAGUGCUAGGCUACUUUGCUGCCCGCUGGUCGCGUGGAGACAAAGCGCUCACCCCGUGGCUGUGGGGCUACGGCGCUCGCCUCUGCUUCGCUGUGCUCUCCAUGGGCAUCGUAGCCGGCUUGUCGAGGUCCACUCAUGCACCUGGAUCAUCUGUUGGUCUCGCCUACUUUGGCCUGAUCAUCGUGUCAACCGUGGCAGGCUCUUUUGCCUCCACUGUACAGUUCGUGGGCAUCUCAGCCUUCCAUACCCAGAUCGCGGACCCGUUGAUUGGAGGGACUUACAUGACGCUUCUCAACACCGUCUCAAAUCUGGGGGGAACCUGGCCAAGCUACUUUGUCCUCAAGGCAGUCGACUGGCUGACCAUCAGCGAGUGCCGCGUGACAGCAUCGGCCAUUGAGAAGGUGGCGGCGAAGAUCAAGCCCGGAUUGGCUGGAGAUAGAGCUGCUGAGGCAGCCGAGUCUUUCAUCGAUCACCUCAAAGGUGUGGAUCUGCCUGUGAAACCCCACACCAACGGCACUACGCCAUUCAUUCAGUUUGAUGCAGGAGCACAAUGCGCUACCCUAGACGCUGCCAAAGAGGCAUGUCGUCUGGCGGGUGGCAAGUGUCAAAUCACGCAGGACGGGUACUACAUCACCAAUACUGUCUGUGUCGUGAUCGGUCUUGCGCUCCUCCUAUUCUUCAUCAUCCCUCAAAGCCGGAGAUUGGAGCGGAUGAAUGUCGAGGAAUGGAGGUUGAGCGAAGGUGACAAGAAGGAGAAGGAGCUGGCAGCGAGCGGCAAAAAGAGGAAAGAGGGGAAGAAAGACCGCUAAUGCAGUCGUGAUCCAACCUGCAAGCAUCUCUAAUAUCAGUCAUACGAGCCUCCAAGUGUCAUCAUGUCAUGUCUCUUCCCAAUUGUAGAUGCUUAUUUCAUCGG